UCAAUAUUUGGAAUUUCCUCUUGCCUUCCCCCCUCGUUGUCCACAAUCAGUGUCUCGUGGGCCACACCUGUAUAUAUCCAACAUCAUUCUCAUGCUCAAAAAGCUGCUUCUCUUCCUCGAGGCCAUGGCCAGUCUAAAUGAGUCAAGUGCGCGGUUUUACUCCUACAACAAGAUGUACAGUUAUGAUACGCGACUCCAGAGCUUUGCCGAUUGGCCUUUUCGUGAGGAAUGUCAAUGCACACCUGAAAUGAUGGCGACGGCAGGGUUUGUCCACUGCCCCAGUGUGAACGAGCCUGAUGUGGCCUGCUGCUUCUUCUGUCUCAGAGAGCUGGAGGGCUGGGAACCUGAGGACAACCCCUGGUUUGAGCAUAUCAAACGGUCUCCUAACUGUGGCUUCCUGGCCAUGAAGAAAGACUUUGGGGAGCUGACUGUGGCGGAGUUCUACCAUCUGGAGCAGGAGAGACUGUGUAUCUACAUUAGGAAGACUAUCCAUCUGAAGAUCGCCAAUUUUCGAGAUGAGGUGGAGAAAACGGUUCAUUACAUGAGGACGCUAUGAUUUGGCAUCUUUAAUGUAGUUCUAUAUUUUAGCCUUUAGAGUGUUUUUCUGUAAAUAUUUUUCAGAAUUAAUAAAGCUUUUCUAUUUUC